AUGACCAAAAACAAACGUUAUGAGCAAGGCGAUAAGAUCCAGAUCAAGUACGAGACAGACAUCGACCAAAUUGCCAUCGAGAUUUAUCAAAUUCCUCUUAAUGGGGUCAGCGCCUACAGAUCGUUAGCUAGAAAUGGAUCGGCGAAUCCAAGGUACUGGCUGGCUGAGUAUGACUAUCUUGGAUUAGCAGAGGGUAACGAGGACUCUGUUUACUGGUUCACGCUUUUUAAGUCCAGUCAGGGCCGCGUCGCUUGGUCGGACUACUUUAAUGUCAGUUCAUCCAAGGCUGAUGAGACUACAUCUGGUAGUGUGUCAGCAACAGCCACUGGACUGGGACUCGCAACUUCAGCCUCUGGACAACACACAUCGACAUCGACGGCUGGAUCAGAGACAGAUACUGAGCACACUUCAACUACCUCAAUUACCUCAACCGCCUCAACCAUCUCAUCCACCUCAUCUACAAAAUCAGGGUCCGGACUAUCUCAAGGAGCGACGGCAGGUAUAACCGCUGGCGCUAUUAUUGGUGGUCUACUGAUUCUCGGCGGUAUCGGACUUCUUGUCUGGCGGCGAUUUGGGAAAGGCAGGAAGAAUGUUAAGGGAACAGAGGAGACCCAGAAUCAACAGCAUCAGUUCUAUCCCUUGGAAACCAAAGUUGAGCUUCCAAGUGAUAUUACCACUCACCCCUCAGAAUAUGCGACGAGCCGUCCGGGCUUGCAUGAGGCACCUUAA